AUGAGCUCCCAGACCGGCGCAGGCACAGGCGCAUCGUCGCCGCCUCAGCCCCAUGGUCGGCCAAAGAAGAACUCGAUCGGCAGCUGGUUUUCAAAGAAGUUUGGCAAAAGACCAAACGAGGCAGCACUAGACUCGAACGGCACGUCAUCCAACGGUCGACCCGGCACCGGUGCUGGCGGGACCGUCCCGACGAGAAGGGGCGCGGCAAGGGAGGACGAUCGACUCAAGACAGCGACGCUGCCCAACAUCAAUGGCGCGGGAGCUCAGCGCGCAUCCGUGCCAGGCCAGCAGGCGCAGUUCAAUCCAGCUUUCACUCCCAAUCAGGCGCACGGCCUCGCGAACACGCUUACCGUACCAAGCAAUGGCGGCCAAGCCCAAGGCAGGUUGACGCCUCCACCGCGACUCGAAGGUAUUCCGACUCAAGAGCCGCUCGGAGCUAUCGACCUGCCUAGGUCGCCUCGCCCCGAUGCUGGCGCUGCUCUCGCUCACCAGAGCUCUGGAGCGCUCUCACCUAGCACUGUCACGUACGACAAGCCCCUCGAGCCUGUUCUCCCGAAUGCCAACGAUACUUUGACCCAUCCCAACACGGACCUGGAUCACCAUUCAGAGCAGGCUUCCGGCCCCGGUGCCGCUGCUGCCAUCCGCACGGCUAUCAUCUCCGAUGCUCCUACCACCGCCGCGAGCGCCAACGACCACGACACGGACAACGACAGCAGCCUCACCGGCCGCGACUCGAUCGGCAACCGCACCAUGGACACAUCCAAGAGUCGUGCCAGCACCAAACCCACCACGCUCAUGAGUCUCGAUACACGCGAACCCACAGUGCUACCAACCACCCACAUUGCUCAACCACGUCAGAGCGGUGGUGACGACUCGUUUGGUAACUCUGCCCGUCUCAGUACGGGUCCUCGCGAGGGCUCUGCAAUCCACUUUGCUGCCCACGACAGCGUGUCCCGCAGUGGCAGUGGGCAGAUGGGCAACGGCAGUGCGGCAGGUGAGGGAGGCAGCACGUUUAUCAAUGUCCCCACCUACUCGCGGCCGCAUCCGAACAACAACCCACACCCGUCGGCCAUUCCUGCUGACAAUGCGAGCAUCUUGACGCUCGCUUCGUCGACGGCUGGCAUGAGUCUGGGUGGCGCCAGUCGGAGUCACCACCAUGUGCCGAGCUUGGGUGGAGCUCGCAGCAUCGGUGGCAGUCUCAUGGGCGAUCGCCGAAACAGCAGUGACACCUCUGCAUCGCUCAAGGCGCUGCCGCCGCUCAGCAGGCGUGGGAGCGACUCGUCGUCUCGCACUCGCGAUUCGUUCCUCGCCAGCUCAACGGGUCAGACGUCGCAUCAAGCCAUGUAUGCCCCCACUGGCGUGUAUGCUGCACCUGGAGCCCCUUCGGACCGUGUCAGCCUGCACCGCACACCGUCGCAAAAGACGGUGGCUACGCAGCUGUCCGUGCCGCUCUCGACAUCGGCGUCCAAUGCCGCACUCAACGCGUAUGCCCGGAGCGAACACACGGCGAAUGGCAGUCAGCUGCAUCUGGCUGGUUCGCAGUCGACGAAUGUGACCGCUGAGCCUGACAUGGGCGGAGAGGCUUUGUCAGUUGCUUCCGAGGCGGGGCAUUCGGUGGAGACGGACAAGUCGCUCGAGGCAGCGACGGGCGGUGGGGAGGGGUUGCUGGAUUCGCAGCUGACCACGCAGGCGGCUCCGGCGGAUGGACUGCUCGAGACGCAGGCGAGCAAUUUGGCCGCUACGGAGCAUGACGAGGCGUUGUUGCAUGCCGAACAGCAGCGGAAGCGAGAGCAGGUGGAUGUGGGCGUGAAGAGCGAGGAGCCGUUUGAUGUGCCCGGUGGACCGCCUGUGGCUUGA